AUUACAAAGACACUUAUUACUUACACUCAACGUCAACACCUAACCAUAUAAACCAGUUCGUCAGAGUCGCCAUGAGUACAAAGCCUCGCUGGUCUUCUCGCAAGCCCAACAAGAAGCACAUUCCUUAGAUUCAAUACAUCCCCUCCCACCAGACAUCACCACCAACGCCAUGUCCACCACAACCGCCCAACUCCCAUCCACGCAGUCCGCCGUCGCCGCACCGGCCCGGCGCGCACGACUCACCCUCACCACCGUCCCCGUACACACCCCUACCGCUGGCGAGGUCGUCAUCCGCGUCGAGUGGUGCGCCUCCUCCCCGCUCGACCUGCACAUGGCCGACGGCGGCCUGGUCGUCUCCUCGUGGCCCUUUGUCGUCGGCACGGGCGGCGUCGCGGGCACCGUCGUCGCCACGGCGAGCGAGGGCGACCUCAAGGGUCUCCGCGUGGGCGACAGCGUCAUCAGCUUUGCGUGGGGCAGCGACAAAAUGGCCAACACACAGCAGUACGUGACCGUGCCGGCCUAUCUCGUGUCCAGGAUCCCAGAGGGCAUCAGCAAGCCCGCCGCGUCGACCGUGUCGGUCAACCUGGUGACUGUCUUCCACACCGUCACAAAGGAUCUGGGUCUCGAUCUGCCGUGGCCCAUUCCGUCCGGAUGGACGCCCAAGGCUGCGGAUGCUGCCAUCUUGAUCUGGGGCGCCAGCAGCAGCGUGGGCAUGUACGCUCUGCAAGUCCUCCGCCACUGGGGGUACAGGAACCUCAUCGCCGUCUCGAGCGGUCGACAUCACGACAAUCUCAGAAGUCUCGGUGCGACCGUCUGCUUCGACUACACCAAGCCUGGUGUCGAGGCUGCUAUUGUGAAACACAUUGGUGCUGCGGGCGUCCCCUACAUCAUCGACUGCAUCGGGUCUGUCGAGGGGACGUUGCGGCCGCUGAGCAAAAUCGCCCACAACGGGACCCGCGUGGCGAUCAUGUUGCCGAUGAUCAUCAGGGAUGCCACGGAGGAAGAGGAACCUCUGUAUGAAAGCAACCCAGCCAACGUCCUUCCGGGAGAAUGGGCCGAGGGCGUGAUACUCAGAGGUGUGCGCACGCACUUUUAUCUCGAGAAUGAGUUCUUCAAGGACACGCUCCAGUCCGAGAUUGUCCCCUCUCUGCUUGCGCAGGGUAUCGUCAAGCCGAACAACUAUCGCCUCGUCGAGGGCGCCUCGCUGCUGGAGCGAGCGCAGAAAGCGCUCGAUUUGCUGCGGCAACGGGCCGCCAGCGGAGAGCGCCUGGUUUGGAGGGUGGCGGAGGAGUGAGAGGUUGUCUGCAUUCAGGCGGGCGGACUGUCUACCCAUCACCAAUACCCGCCAGGACGAGAGCCGAACUGGGUAUAUUGUACAUAUUACGUGGAAGAACUCCCGAUAGUAUAUCGUACAUAAUUAGAGAUCCAUCUGCCUCCAGAGGUUAGGACAUAUAUG